GAGGCCGGUCCGUCCUUUCCACCUGGGCCUCCGAGACGGUGGAGUGUCGGGCAUGGCCGGGGUCCGCAGGCUGGAGCUGGCGGAAGCCCUGCAGCUGGGGCCGGGCUGGCGGCACGCGUGCCACGCGCUGCUCUACGCGCCGGACCCCGGGCUGCUCUUCGGCCGCAUCCCGCUGCGCUACGCCGUGCUGAUGCAGAUGCGCUUUGACGGGCGUUUGGGCUUCCCCGGCGGCUUCGUGAACUUGCAGGACGGCAGCCUGGAGGACGGGCUGAACCGCGAGCUGGACGAGGAGCUGGGCGAGGCCGCGGCCGCCUUCCGCGUGGAGCGCGCUGACUACCGCAGCUCGCACGCCGGGUCCCGGCCGCGCAUCGUGGCGCAUUUCUACGCCAAGCGCCUGACCCUGGAGCAGCUGACCGCUGUGGAGAUGGCCGCGCCGCGGGCCCGGGACCAUGGGCUGGAGGUGCUGGGCCUGGUGCGGGUGCCCCUGUAUACCCUGCGGGAUGGCGUGGGAGGCCUGCCUGCCUUCCUGGAGAAUACCUUCAUUGGAAACGCACGGGAGCAGCUGCUGGAAGCCCUUCAGAAUCUGGGACUGCUGGAACCUGGCUCUGUCGCAGGCCUUAAGAUCUCAGCUCCUCCCUAGCGGCAGCUCCCGGUGGACCCGUGGAUACCGAGAUCAGGGCCUUUCUCCUGGGGAGGGAGGGAGGGAGGAGAAAGGGAAUGUUUUCUUUCCUGGGCCUGAUAGAUCCUAACAGAUUAAAUGAGAAGUAUGUGCAAUAUGUUCUGAACACAGGGCCCCGCGGCGACUUCAGGCACCGGGGGCAAAACUCCACAGCGCAUCCCAGGCAGGGCCCUAGCGGGUUCUCAGAGCCUACCUCCUCCAUGAACAUUGGCGCACACACAGCUGGUGGCCUCCAGCCAUGCAGCGAUCUGGGCCCACACACAAGCUGAUGCCCCACCUUCCAUGUUCAGUUCAGCUGGGAAGUCGCAUGUGUGGGGCGUAGCUUGUCCCUGCACCCACCAUACCUGUCUUCACGGGGGAGAGCUUCUGAAUCAGGGAGGGUCUCUGCCCACAUGGCUGGUCCCAGGGUGUAGCCCAGCUUGUGCUUGUUGGGGAGGACAGAGGAGCAAGGGGCCUCUCUCCCCCCUGAAAGUGGUCCAUCCUUGCCUGGGGGUUGGCCAAAGCAGUAUAGCCCAGAAAGUUCCUGACCAACCCCCGUCCUCUCCCGAAACUGAGCAGAGGGGCGAGAAGAUGGCUUGGUCUCCUUGGGCUGACCUUGGAUUUGAUAAUUCUGAGUCCUGGUGCGUCUCCUCCAGGGCUUCCUAAGCCUCUGGGGACAUCAGAAAGGAGGCAAUGGUGCCCUGUCUAGUCCAGCCCUGACAAAAGAGCCAGUAAAGAAGGACUUGUAGCUGGGCCUUAGAGCCUUUCUGUUCCUUCAACAAAUAACCUGGAGGGGGCGAGGGUGGCUGAAGGGGCACAGCCUUCACUAAGGGGCCCUCCCGGGGGAGGGCCAGUCCUGCGGCGGAGCAGGCUCGGGAAGAGGACAGGGCCGUGCAGAGGAGGAGGGGGCUCCGUUAGCAGUGGGGUGAAGGGGCUGGAAUCUCCUCUUGGUGACAUGAAGCAAGACCGUCUGCUGGAUGUGGGUGGCGGUGUCCUCAGAAGGUACGAGGCAGGCAUUGGUCUUGACGUGGCAGGCAAGUCAAUGAAAGAAAUGCAGAAGGACGCGACUGAGCUUGGAGACGGCCCGCGUACAGUGGGACUGUAGGUCCUCAGGCUGGGGGUGCACACACACGUCUCCCCCACACCCGUGUUCAGCAGGGCUGAGGAUACGAUGCAGAGAGAAGUGCGAGGAAGGAGAGAGGCAAGGCAGUGGGUUACAGGAGACAUGAUGGACUGUGGGUGUAGGGUUUGGUCUGAGUGAGAUGGGAAAGGAAGACAGGAGGGUCGGCAAACGCGGUCUCAGGGAGUCUGGACCCCAAAACGGGGUGCAGGGGGGUGUGUUUGAGCCAAAGAGGGUGUCUUUGAAACUGAGAGGUGGAGCCAUCGGAGGAGAAUCCAGAUCCAUGUGAUGAAGCAAGAAACCAACAGCUGUUGGAGGUGGUAGGCACCAGGAGCCGGUGAGGCAGCCGGGAGAGGGGCGCAGGCGCAGAGGGCAGGAGCCUCGGAGUAGAGGGACUUCAACAUAGGGAUAGGUAGGUGGGCCCCUGGGGCAGCCCUUGUAUUUUUCAGCUUUCUUAAAUUGUAAUUUGUUGUGAUUUUACAUCGUGUAUCAAUAUGCCCUCUGGUUUUUCUCUAAUUCUAUUUUCUUUUUUCCCUAAAGAACAUUCCCCAAGUUGUAAAAGAUUCAGGCCCCACGAAGCCUAGUCCUGUCACAUGUUGAGACCUGGCAGCCCCCGCUGUCUGGAGUGGAGCAGGGUGACCUCCCCACUGCCAUCCCCUGACACCCCCCAUGUCAGGACUGAGACCCAGAGCAGACGGCCAGAGUGGAAGUAAAUAAGGACUUAAAUGUCAUCUGACCCUUUUUCAGCUUCUAGAGCCAACUCAAAGUAGUCCUUAUCUGUGCAACAGAUGCAGGUCCUGCUGUGGUCUGGCUUUGAAGCCGUCCUCCUCCCAUUGGGGUGGACCUGACAGCAACGAGGCUGCUGGGAAGAGUCAGAUCACAGCUUGGACGUCUCGGGAGACGGACACAGGGUGGUGUCAUGCCUAAAGGCCGCAGGAGACACGUUCAGGGUCCCGGACUUCCAGGGUCCCGGACUUUCCCGUGACAGUCUCUUCAGCAAAUGGUGUUGGGAAAACUGGACAGCAGCAUGUAAAUCAAGCGAGAACACUCCCUUACACCAUACACAAAAAUAAACUCAAAAUGGAUCAAAGACUUAAACAUAAGACAAGAUACAAUAAACCUCCUAGAAGAAAAUAUAGGCAAAACAUUAUCUGACAUACAUCUUAAAAAUGUUCUCCUAGGGCAGUCUACCCAAGCAAUAGAAAUAAAGGCAAGAAUAAACAAAUGGGACCUAAUGAAACUUACAAGCUUCUGCACAGCAAAGGAAACCAUAAGUAAAACAAAAUGACAACCUAUGUAAUGGGAGAAAAUAUUUGCAAACAAUGAAACCGACAAAGGCUUGAUCUCCAGAAUAUAUAAGCAGCUCAUACAACGUAAUAAGAAACAAACAACCCAACCCAAAAUAAAAGACCUAAACAAGCAAUUCUCCAAGGAAGACAUACAAAUGAUCAAUAGGCACAUGAAAAAAUGCUCCAUAUCACUAAUUAUCAAAGAAAUGCAAAUCAAAACUACAAUGAGGUAUCACCUCACACCAGUCAGAAUGGCCAUCAUUCUAAAGUCCACAAAUGAUAAAUGCUGGAGAGGGUGUGGAGAAAAGGGAACCCUCCUACACUGCUGGUGGGAAUGCAGUUUGGUGCAGCCACUGUGGAAAACAGUAUGGAGAUUUCUCGAAAGACUAGGAAUAGAUUUACCACAUGACCCAGGAAUCCCACUCCUGGUCAUAUAUCCAGAAGAAACCCUACUUCAAAAAGACACCUGCACCCCAAUGUUCACAGCAGCACUAUUUACAAUAGCCAAGACAUGGAGACAGCCUAAAUGUCCAUCAACAGAUGACUGGUUAAAGAAGAUGUAGUAUAUUUGUACAAUGGAAUACUAUUCAGCCAUAAAAACUGCCAUUUACAGCAACAUGGAUGUUCCUAGAGAAUGUCAUUCUAAGUGAAGUAAGCCAGAAGGAGAAAGAAAAACACCAUAGGAGAUUGCAGCACCAUGACUCUGAUGGUGCAGGGAUCAGUGGUUUGUAGAAAAACAUGAAUACCUAUGACCUCAAGUUGGAAAAUGACUUAAAUGAGUCAGACGUGGUGCAGAAGUUUAGGGGUAUCUCAAUCACUUUAUUUUCAUUCAUUCAUUCAUUCAUUUGUAUUUCAUUUCCGUGUAUGCACAGGAGUGAUUUUUGAUAAAAACCCAUGUCUAACAAAGUCAAAAAAUCUUUAAUAGAAGAUAAAAAAAAGAUUUAAUAGGAUAAAAAAUUUUUAUAAAUAAAGUGAUUAAAAAACA